GCGAAACAACCAAAUUUGGUGUUAGCGAGAUACAUUUUUUCACUCGCUUCCAGAGUGAUAUAUCAAUCUUGUCGGUUGGCAGGGUCGAUCGUCGAUUCUUUGCGCUUUUGAUUUCGCUUCGUUCACUGACGAUUUCGGAAAACUUUGUGUCGAGAUCACGAUGGUCAAGCGUGGGUGAUUGCCGCAUUAAAUAUGCACACUCAUUAAAUAUCGAUUAUCAUAAACGAGCCCACGGGUGGCUGAGCAUCAGGCAGUGAGUGAGUGUUAAUUUGCUUUGCCGUGAAAAUGUCGAAAACUGAAGGUCCUCCGCCCGUCCAGCCGAGGCCCUCUGUGGCAAAGCGACCUAGCUUUAAUACAGGUUCUGCGCCACAGAUGCAACCGAGGGAGGCCAGACCGAAGCAGGAGACUCCAUAUCUUGGCUUUGCCAAUCUUCCCAAUCAAGUUCACAGGAAGUCCGUAAAGAAAGGAUUCGAGUUCACGUUAAUGAUAAUAGGUGAGUCGGGCCUUGGAAAAUCAACUUUGGUACACAGUCUUUUUAUGACAGAUCUUUACGAAUCGCGACACAAACCCAGCGCUUCAGAAAUGCUGAAGCGAACAAUUCAAAUCGAUACGCACAAAGUAGACAUUGAAGAGAAGGGAAUAAGACUGAAGCUGACGGUCGUUGAUACUCCAGGUUAUGGAGAUGCAAUCGACAAUAGUAAAUGUUGGGAACCGAUCGUUAAUUUUGUCGACCAGCAGUACGACAACUUCUUUCAAGACGAGUCCGGACUGAAUCGUAAAAACAUGUCAGACAGUCGAGUUCACUGCGUUCUACACUUCAUCAAUCCACAAGGUCAUGGAUUAAAACCUCUGGAUAUUCAGGUAAUGAAAGCACUCCAUCACAAAGUCAACAUAGUUCCUGUCAUCGCUAAAGCGGACACGUUGACCCUCAACGAAGUUAAAUCACUCAAACAAAAGAUCUUAGAUGAAAUCGACGACCAUCAAAUCAACAUAUAUAGUUUCCCCGAUUGCGACAGCGAUGAUGACGAAACAUUCUUGGCGCUUAAUGCUGAUCUCAAGGCUAGCGCACCGUUUGCGGUGGUUGGAAGUAAUACAAUCAUAGACGUAAAGGGGAAGAAAGUCCGAGGACGAACAUACCCAUGGGGAGUUAUAGAUGUCGAAAAUCCUGAUCACUCCGAUUUCACGAAAUUACGAAAUAUGUUGAUCAGAACUCAUAUGCAGGAUCUUAAAGAUGUCACUCAAGAUGUCCACUACGAAAACUAUCGCAGCGCAAGAAUCGCAAAUGGUGGCGACGUAUCGCCGACACUAGAUAUUACGAAUAGUAGCGGUAGUGAUGUGGAUGUUUCACUUUCUGAGAAAGAUAAGCAACUCAAGGAGAAAGAGGCUGAGUUGCUUCGUAUGCAAGAGAUGAUUGCCAAAAUGCAGGAGGAAAUGAAACGACAAAAGGAGGGAAAUUAGUCAAGUUUUAAUCGUGCGUUCUCAUACAAAUACCACUGACAACAACAGUUGCUCGUAAACUUUACUCGUUACAACUGUAAAAAAAAGAGCUCGCAAGCUCAGGAAUCGAACUUGCCAGUAGUUAUUCCAUCGCCUGGCUGUCGUAUUUAUGAACCGACGAGCCAUUGAAGAAAUAUAUAAGGACUUAAGGAAAACAGUUGCAUCUUAUUUACUAGGGAUAAUUUUGCACAAUAUUUUGUAGUUGUAAAUUUUUUAUAUUACGUUUGGAGAAAAUAUUGCCGAAUAUAUCAGUUAAAUAAUGA